CCCACUCCAACCCCCACUCCUUCGAGGAUGUGGUCGUCAUCCGUCGUUCGCCGUGUCGUGCUCACCUUGGCCCUUGCUUCAUUCUCCCUUGCUGGCUCAACCAUCCACGUACCGUCCACGUCCACGGUCAAAGAGAGCGUUUUGCCUCCUCGGGGAUGGGCCCAACACAACCGACCACACCCUGACCACAAAAUCGAACUUAGGAUUGGCCUUCCACAACCCAACUUCCACAUUCUUGAAGAGCACCUCUACGAGAUUUCCGACCCAUUCCACGAGAGGUAUGGUCAACAUCUGUCCAAAGAAGAGGUGGAAGAAUUGGUCGCCCCUCACCCGGAAAGCAUCGACUCUGUUACCGCAUGGCUAGCCUCUCACGGAUUCCAAGAAGCUGAUCUCGAACGGUCCCCAGCGAAGGAUUGGGUGUAUCUUACUGUGCCCGUUUCAGUUGCCGAGAAACUUUUGGACACGACGUACUAUGUAUGGAAACACGUUGAGAGUGGGGACGAGUUCGUCCGUACUACAAGCUACAGUCUUCCAGACCAUCUCCACGCUCACAUCGAUGUUAUCCAACCCACGACCAUGUUCGCCCGGUUCAAGGGUAUGAAGACCACCAUCCAUUCUGUCGAGGAUGCAGUAAAGGAAUUUCAACCUCCGAAGUUGGAUUCGAGCUUGAACGCCGACGCUCACGUUCCCGUCGAUCCCACCUGCAAUACUACCAUCACCAUUUCCUGUUUGCAGCAACUCUACAACGCUGUUGGCUACACUCCAUCUGCCAACAUUAAUAACUCAAUCGGAAUCACUGGAUAUCUCGAACAGUUCGCCAACAUUCAAGAUUUGCAGUCAUUUUAUACAGAACAGCGACCUGACGCCUUGAACACUAGCUUCAAUUUUGUUUCCGUUAAAGGAGGAAUCAACUCCCAGAACCUGUCAGAGGCUGGCGCUGAAGCGAAUCUAGACGUCCAGUUCGCAUUCGGUCUUUCUUUCCCCAUCAAAUCGACAUUUUGGUCUACCGCUGGCCGACCCCCAUUCAAGCCCGACGCAACCGAACCCGAAAAUUCAAACGAACCUUACAACGAUUGGCUCGACUUUGUCCUGGCACAAGAAGAGAUUCCGUUAGUCAUUUCCACAAGUUACGGGGAGGCCGAACAGACUGUACCGAAAAACUAUGCCCGCCGUGCAUGUAACGGGUUCGCUCAGCUCGGUGCUCGGGGAGUUUCUCUCUUCUUCUCUAGCGGUGAUGGAGGUGUUGGGGAUGGUGAAUCCGACCCUGCACUACAACAAUGCUUCACCAACGAUGGCAGAAACGUCACCAAGUUCAUGCCAAGCUUCCCUGCGGGUUGUCCCUUUGUUACCGCUGUAGGUGGUACUGUAAAUGUCCCUGAAAUCGCCGUAGAUUUCUCGGGAGGCGGUUUCAGCGAUUACUGGUCGCAACCGAAAUACCAGCAGAAUGCGGUUAAUGCCUACUUGAAGAAACUUCCUGAAGGUCUAUACAAGGGCUUGUUCAACCCUGGAGGACGGGCUUUCCCGGACGUCGCUGCUCAAGGCCUUCGCUUCAGAAUCUGGCUCAAUGGUGUACCGAGAUCCAUCGGUGGAACGUCCGCUUCAUCUCCAACAUUUGCCGGUAUUGUAGCUUUGUUGAACGAUGCUAGGUUGAAGAAAGGCCAGCCUCCUCUCGGGUUCUUGAAUCCGUUGAUCUAUAGUAAAGGCGGUGAUGGGUUCAACGAUAUCGUAUUCGGGAAUAACCCUGGUUGCGGAACUCCGGGAUUCAAUGCGACAAAAGGAUGGGAUCCUGUCACCGGUCUUGGCACUCCGAACUUCAAGAAGCUCAAGGAUCUUCUCACUUGAAACUUUGUUUGAACGUUUGCCAUAAUUGACCUUGUAUACCAAGUUGAAUAAGUAAAAAACAAACAGCCGUUGUACAUAGCAUGGACAUCCUUUAUAUACGCAAUUCGUUCCUUGAACCACUCCGUGACC